AUGUCAUCAGCCGACGACGACGCUUUAGCGGUGCUUGGUUUAUUAAUAAUUUUAAAAAAUAAAAAUAAAAAAAAUAUACGCAAAGAGUGGUGUAAAGAGUGGUUAAAAAAAAGGAAAAUGUAUUCCCAUGUUAAUUUAUUCACCGAACUAAAAAUAGUUUCGAAGGAUUGGCACAACUAUCUCAGAAUGAGUGAACAAAUAUACCUCAAUCUACUAUCUCUAGUGUCUCCACUGAUUAGAAGAAAGGAUACAGUUAUGAGAAAUGCUAUUUCGCCACAUGAGAGAUUAACAGCAACGUUACGAUUUCUAGCAACAGGACGGAGCUAUGAAGAUUUAAAGUUUUCCACAAUUAUUUCACCUCAAGCCCUCAGCAGCAUAAUACCAGACACAUGCGAGACUUUAUUCAAAGUACUUUGCCCAGAUUUUUUAAAGUUUCCAAAUACGGAACAAGAUUGGAAAAAUAUUGCUGAAAAGUUUGAGAAGAGAUGGAACUUUCCACAUUGCUUAGGAGCAAUAGAUGGAAAGCAUGUUUCAAUUGCUUUACCCCCUGGAUGUGGAUCAGAAUUUUAUAAUUAUAAAAACCGACAUAGCAUGGUUUUAAUGGCUAUUGUGGAUGCUCAAUACAAGUUCAUUUUGUGUGAUUUUGGCACAAAUGGAAGAAUUUCAGAUGGUGGAGUAUUACGAAACACUGUAUUUUUCGAAAAACUUCAAGACAGUAAAUUAAACAUCCCAGCCGCCGAACUAGUCAAAAAUAGCAACAGAAGUUUACCUUACGUAUUUGUUGCUGAUGAUGCGUUUCCAUUGAGAACAGACAUGAUUAAACCAUUUAGACAAGCAGAUCUUAAUGCUUAUGAGAAAAAAAUAUACAAUUAUCGAGUAUCAAGAGCAAGGAGAAUUGUUGAGAAUGCUUUUGGGAUUUUAGCGUCUCGGUUCCGUAUAUUUCACACAGAAAUAAACAUUGAACCAAAAAAUAUUGAUUCCGUUGUAAUGGCAAGUUGUGCUCUACACAAUUACUUAACUGAAACAAACCAAGCCAAUUACAGUCCUCCUGAAAUUCUUGAUAGGGAAAUUUUUGAUAACGGAACAAUUAUACAGGGAGUGACUUCGGCAGAUUCGGACAUGAUAGAUUUAGAUAGAAGACACCAAGGAAAUAUAACAAAUGCAGCUAAGAAAACAAGGGAAGAUUUUAUGAACUAUUUCGUGAAUGAAGGACAAGUUCCAUGGCAGGAUAAUUUUAUUCGUUAA